AUGCAUUCCUUCAACCUUAUUCUUUCUUCUUCUCUCUUUGCCUUGACACAGGCUCACUCGGUCAUCCUCGGUGCUCAGGGUCUCGAUACCUCUCCCAACAGUAUCGGAUUCCAAGUCGAUCCCGAGAUUGCUCGCAACUGCAUCACCAUCAACCCCUGCCAACAAGAUGCCACUAUCAUCCGCGAUGCCGAGAUCACUGCCAACAUUGUGAACCAGUGUGGUCGUACUGAGAUCUCUGGAAACAUUGAUGUAGGCGAGAACACUGAGAACGCCAUUGCUGCCAACCAGGUUACCCAGGUUGAGGCUGGUGGUGAGAUCACUGUCACCAUCCACCAGGUCAAUGCCGAUGGUGCUGGUCCCUAUGUCUGCGAUCUCGACGAGAGCAGCAACACAAACACCAACAUCCAGAACUUGACCGUCACCAACAACGUCCCCGGAUCAAACGGUCUCUCUCAGGCCAAGACACAAGCCUUCAACAUCACAGUCAAGAUGCCUGAUGACCUCAACUGCUUCGGUGCCUCGACCGGAAACAUCUGCACUGUCCGAUGCCGCAACAACGCCCUUGCCGGUCCCUUCGGUGGCUGCUUCGCCGUCCAACAGGCCGACACUGACAAGAAGACCAACAGCCCUCAGAGCAUCAAGACCACCCAGACCUUCAACGGUAUCAACGAUCAGAUUCUUCAGAACCAGAAGGAUUUCCCCGAUGCUGUUGCUGCCAACGAGAACGCCAGUUCCGAUGAGGCUGCCCAGAACAAGGCUGCUGUCGAUGCUCUUCUCGGUGCUACUGUUGUGACAUCGGCUUUCGCUACCGAGACUCCUAGUGUUGCCCUUGGCCGACCUCCUGCUGCUACCCCCGACCCCAACGAGAACGGUGGUGACAAGGUUGGUGACAACAAUGGCGAUAACAACAACGGUAACAACAACGACAACAACGACAACAACGGAGGCAACAACGAUAACAACAAUGGAGGCAACAACGACAACAAUGGAGGCAACAAUGACAACAACGGAGGUAACAAUGACAACAACAAUGGAGGUAACAACGGUGGAAACGACGGUAACAACGGCGGUAACGGUGGUGACAAUGGUCAAGGAAACAACGACAAGAACCAGGGUGGUAACGGUGGUAACGGUGGAAAUGGAGGCAACCCAUUUGGAGGUAACCCCUUUGGCGGUAACCCCUUCGGAGGUAAUGGACAAAAGGCCAAGCGUGGUUUCACCAACCGUCGCUGGUCCAAGCGAACUGUCUUUUAA